ACAGUAGUCGAUCAAAAUGACGAUGACCUUCUUCGCACCUGGCCGCUUGCUCGUUGAAUUCGUUUUAUUCUAUACCCGCCAUUUUUUUUACUUAUUGGACAGAUCCGAGUAUUGAAGUUUGAUCCCCUUCGAUUUCAGUUAUUUACUUUCUAAUUAUUUAAUCUCUUUCUUCCCAGAUUCACAGACGAGAUUCAUUUUCUUGGCAUCAUCUCAAGUUGCUCUCCCAUGUUAUGGUUUGAGGGUUCAAACAAAUCCUUUUGAACUGCUAGGGUUUUUGUUGCUUUGUUUGGGAAGUACGUAUUCAUUCAAGCGAGGAUUCAUUCAUCUUGUGUUGUUCCUUUAAGUUAAUCUUCCUGUGCAUGAUCUGAAGCUCUGCACCGAAGUGUUUGAUUGUGAGAAGAUUUCUUUUUUUUUUUUUUUUAUAAUAAUUAAUAGAACGGAAAUUGUGAUAACUUGAAAUUAAUGCUGGAAUGCUGUUGAAAGAAGAACGGGAGACAACUAGGCAGGUGAUUUAGAAAUUGGACUUGGAUGAAACUGAGUUCUGAGUAGAGACGUAAUUGAAUUUGGAUUCUUUGGUUAAGCAAGCGGUACGGACUGAACCAAGAAAUGCAGUUCAAUGGGUUCUAAGAAGAAGAAACGAGGGGGUGGUGGCCGGAAGAAUAAGGGCAGGGCUUCUUCCAAGGACCCUGCUUCUCCUGCGGGCUAUGAUGCUGAUAUUCUUUCUGAGGAGCUUACUGCCCUGGGUGCAAUAUUUCAAGAAGAUUUCAAAAUUGUCUCAGAUUUACCCCCUCAGUUCAUUAUAAAACUCAGGCCUUACUCUAAAGGUACAGAGUCCGAGGAUCCUGAUGUUUCUGCUCUUCUCUCAGUAAGAUGCUUGCCUGGGUAUCCUUACAAGUGUCCAAGGUUGCAAAUAACAGCAGAGAAGGGCCUAUCGGAAAAUGAUGCAAAUAACCUCCUGUCUCUUCUUCAUGAUCAGGCAAACUUCAAUGCCCGAGAAGGACGAGUCAUGAUUUUCAAUUUGGUGGAGGCUGCUCAAGAGUUCCUAUCUGAAGUUGUUCCAGUGGGCCAAUCAGACAAAUCUGUACCAUGUCCGGGCAUGGAUGGAAGUGACAACCAGCUUCAUGAGGAUGUAAAAAUUGCUUAUGAGAGGACUUCCUCUGCCACAGAACCUUUUGUUUAUGGCUUGGUGGAUCUUUUCAGCUCUCUUGAAGAGUCAUUUGAUUGGGGCCUUGGAACUGACAGAAGUAGAGUGAGAAAUUAUUCAACACAUGUCCAUACACUGGACACCUCGAAAGUUGGAUAUAGAGUUUCUGAACAGCAACUUGUUCACAAUGCUAAGCCUUCAACACCGCAAGAUGCAAAGCAAGUUCCAACCCCAUGGCCUUCUGCAAAAUUGGAUGCUCUUGAAGAAGAAAGUGAAGAUGAGGAUAAGGUCAUAUUGAAUGAUUCAAGUAUACCAUCAGUGGAAAAACCAUUGAGAAAUCAUAUAACACAUGAGGAUCAAGAGGCACAUGAGUUUUAUGAAGAGAAAAAUGUAAAGGAAGAUGAUGAUACUUUUUUAGAAAUUGAGCCUUCAAAUUCGUUGUCUUCAACUUCCAUUACACAUGAUCAAGCAUCUCAUACUAUCAAAAGAGAUCUACUUAUGGUUCAUCUACUUCGCCUUGCUUGUGCUUCUAAAGGUUCCUUAGCUGAUGCUUUACCAGGAAUAGCGUCAGAACUGUACAAUUUAGGGAUUCUAUCAGAACAGAUGAGGGAUCUGUCGACUAAACCAUCAUUGCUUUUCAGCAGAGCCUUUGAGCAUGUUUUUCAGCAGCACAUGGUUUCAUCCUCAAUACCUCAGUUUUGGAAAAGCACACUUGAUUUUGGAGGGCAAAAUACUUCUUCUCUACUGAGUUCCCGAUAUCUCAAUGAUUUUGAGGAGCUUUGUGCAAUUGGUCAUGGUGGUUUUGGUCAUGUUGUUCUGUGCAAAAAUAAACUAGAUGGAAGGCAAUAUGCUGUGAAAAAGAUACGUCUCAAGGACAGAAGUUUGCCUGUUAAUAACAGAAUACUGAGGGAGGUAGCCACCCUUUCACGUUUGCAGCAUCAACAUGUUGUCCGUUACUAUCAGGCCUGGAUUGAAACACAAGUUGGUGGUUUUUAUGGUGAUUCGACUUUUGGUUCAAGAACUGGAGAAACCUCCAGUUAUAGCUACAAUGGGGCAAAUUCAACAAAUGCACUUGGGCCUGAGAAUAGGCUAGAGUCCACAUUUCUAUACAUACAAAUGGAGUAUUGCCCUCGGACAUUACGCCAAAAGUUUGAAUCAUAUAAUGAUUUUGAGAAGGAGUCUGCAUGGCAUUUGUUUCGUCAAAUUGUAGAAGGGUUGGCACACAUUCAUGCACAAGGAAUUAUUCAUCGUGAUCUGACACCAAACAAUAUAUUUUUUGACGCGCGGAAUGAUAUUAAAAUUGGUGAUUUUGGUCUUGCCAAAUUCUUGAAGAUGGAACAAGUGGACUAUGAUCCUCAUUUUCCCCCAGACACAACUGGAAUUUCAAUCGAUGGAACUGGUCAAGUUGGUACAUAUUUUUACACUGCUCCUGAAAUUGAGCAAGGGUGGCCAAAGAUUGACGAAAAGGUUGACAUGUAUAGCUUGGGUGUUGUAUUCUUUGAGCUGUGGCACCCUUUUGGGACAGCAAUGGAAAGACAUAUUGUUCUGUCAGAACUAAAACAAAAAGGAGAACUUCCUCCGGAUUGGGUGGUUGAAUUUCCAGAGCAGGCAUCCUUAUUGAGAUGCUUAAUGUCUCCAAGUCCUUCUGAUCGUCCUUCUGCAACAGAACUUUUACAGAAAGCUUUGCCUCCAAGGAUGGAAUAUGAGUGGUUAAAUGAUAUUUUACAAAGAAUGCAGACAUCUGAGGAUACACGUGUUUAUGAUAUGGUUGUUAAUGCUAUUUUUAAUGAGGAGAGGAUAAUCAUGAAAACCCAGCGUCAACAUGGUGGGAGAGUAAAGUUGGCCAGGGACCAAUCUUCUUUUAUCCAAUAUACAGCGAUAAACACAGAACUUCGUGACCAUGUCAAUGAAGUUGCAAAGGAAGUUUUCAGGCAGCAUUGUGCAAAGCGGUUGGAGAUAACACCAAUGUGUAUUGUUGAUGACUACCAGCAAUUUUAUAGAGAUGCUGUCAAACUUUUAACUCCUGGAGGAGAUACUCUUGCACUUUGUCAUGAAUUGCGCUUACCCUUUGUAAAUUGGGUUAUAGAAAAUCAGAUGUCAUCCUUCAAGCGAUAUGAAAUAUCUUGGGUUUAUAGGAAAGCAAUUGGCCACUCAACCCCAAAUCGUUACCUUCAGGGAGAUUUUGAUGUUAUUGGAGGUGCAUCGAUAUCAACUGAGGCAGAGGUAAUUAAGGUGGCAAUGGAUAUUAUAACUCGAUUUUUUUAUCCGGAUUCAUGUGAUAUUCGACUGAAUCAUGGCCACUUAUUGGAUGCAAUGUGGACUUGGAUAGGAAUUGAGGUUAAGCUACGGCACAGUGUAGCAGAGCUUCUUUCUACAAUGGGUUCUUUGCGUCCACAAUCCUCUGAACGUAAAUCAAGAUGGGUUUUUAUACGGCGACAGCUUUUGCAGGAUCUUAAUUUAACGGAAACUGUUGUCAAUAGACUACAAACAGUUGGAUUAAGGCUCUGUGGACCAGCAGAUCAGGCCCUUCCUAGAUUGAGAGGAGCCCUUCCUCCUGAUAAACCUAUAUGCAAGGCACUUGAGGAACUGUCAGCUCUUUGUGGAUAUUUGAGAGUAUGGGGGAUUGAGAGACAUGUGUUUUUAGAUGCCCUUAUGCCACCUACAGAGAAUUAUCAUAGAGACAUAUUCUUUCAGAUAUAUUUAAAUAAGGAGAACAACACUGGAUCAGUAAUUGAGGGAGCCUUGCUUGCUAUUGGGGGCCGCUAUGAUCAUUUGCUUCAUCCAAUGUGGGACCAUGAAUAUAAAUCAAAUCCACCAGGUGCUGUUGGGACAAGCCUUGCAUUAGAGAAGAUUGUUCAGCAUUCUCUAGUUGAGAUUAGACCAAGCAGAAAUGAAUCUGGAACCGAUUUUCUUAUUUGCUCAAGAGGUAGUGGUGGUUUACUCAAAGAGCGAAUGGAACUAGCUGCUGAGCUAUGGCAAGCAAACAUCAAGGCUCAGUUUGUCCCUAUGCAAGAUCCAAGCCUCACAGAGCAGUAUGAAUAUGCAAACGAACAUGAUAUUAAAUGCCUCAUAAUCAUAACUAACACUGGCUUGUCACCGACUGACUCUGUUAAGGUCCGCCAUCUUGAACUUAAGAAGGAGAAGGAAGUUGAGGGAGGAGACCUUGUGAAAUUUCUAACAGAAGCUGUUGCAACACAGUUCAGGAACCUCUCUAUUCGGAAUUAAGCGUGCCCAUGGUCUAAAGCUUCACUUGUCGAGCCCAAAGCUCAAAAGCAAAAGUAUAUCCAAAUGGAGCCUGAGACUUGGAGAGGGACUAGUGUAGGACUCUCUGCCAUUGAGAUGAAUGAUUAGCCAAGUAUUGCCAUCCUCUGGCAGUCUGAUCAGUUAGAACAUCUUUAGCUCCCCUCAGUUAGAAAUCAAUGUGCUAUCCUGAUAGUGAUCGGAUCAAUAAUGACAGAAUUGGACUGUCUCAUGUUAGAGAAAAUUCUGUAAGUCCUUCCCAUAUGCUCCCCAGAGUUAUCAUUACAGUGCAUCACAUAAUUUUUGCCCUUGUAAGGCAAAAGAAGCCUUUUUUUUUUAUCAAUAACUGUGGAUUGAAUUAAUAUUAAAAAUAUGAGAAAAUUACAGGGCAAGGGGGCUAAACAAUCAUAGCUCCCAAAAACAACCAUUAAGCAUCAAAAGAACAAACAUUACAAGACAGCCCAAAAAAAAAGAAUGUCUGUUCACCCCUUGUCUAGCUAGACCAUCUGCCCAAGAGUUCACACUUCUUUUUACCCAUUUAUAUUGGAUUUCCAUGUCCUUAGUCAGCCACUUGAAUUUCCUCUUUUCAUUACUGUAAUUCCAAAGUCUAAGACUAUAUCUCCCACCCCAACUGGUCCAGAAUACAUAGCUAACUGCUUCCCUUGUUCAUCUCUUAUUACUCCUAUUCCGGAUGGCCCUGGAUUGCCCAAGCUGCUCCAUCAAAGUUUAGUUUAACAAAGUCAUGGGGCGGGGGGAUCCAACAAACAUUUGAGGCCUUCCUCAUUGGAACAAGUUCUGCUAUCUCCUUCUACUUUCUUUACAGCUCAUCAACUGAGAAUUCUACGAACAGAGCCAAGGUUUUCAGCCAGUGUAUAACCCUAAUGUGGAUGACCUCCAGCAUUGCUUCAAACUUCUCUCCUUAUCUUUAAAUAUUCGUGAAUUUCUCUCCUCCCAAAUAGUCCAACAGACUGCAGCCCUCAUACACCUCCACAUAAACUUGGCCCUUUUUGUUGGCCAAAAUGGCAUAAAUGUGAAUAGGCUUUGCACAUUCGAAGGGGGGGUCCACCUGCACCCAAACAAAGAAGUACACCACUCCCAAAUGAUGUUAGUGAACCGACAGGAGAUUAGUAAGUGAUAUCCAGACUCACCAUCAGCUUUACAGAGGACACACCAGUGAAGACAAAAACAACUAUUGGGUCCUUUUCUUUGAAGUAAAUCUUCUGUGUUAACUCUUUUCAGAAAGGCUUCCCAACAGAA